AUGAUUUUGUAUGGCUGGAAAAUUGGUUUAACAUACAAGGAUAGUCCUGCCCGUUUGGUGCAGGCAUGGGGGGAGCAAGCACCUUCUGACCAUACAGUCUUCAACUGGUUUAGUGAAUUUCAACGCAAUAAAUUCAGUGUUCAAGAUGCUCCUCGCUCAGGUCGUCCUUCAACAUCUGUUACUCAACAAACCAUUGAUGCUGUACGGACAAUAAUUGAAGGUGAUCCUCAUUCAACAUAUCAACAAAUUGAGACCAUAUUGGGCAUCAGUUCCACAGCAAUCAAUUCGAUUAUUCAUGAUUAUUUAAAUCUAAGAAAAGUUUGUGCUCGGUGGGUGCCACAUACACUAACCGACGACCAAAAACAACACCGUGUUCAUUUUUGCGGUCAUUCACUAAAGAGAUUUGAAGAAGGUCGAUCCCGUCGUGUAUUUGACAUUAUAACAGGUGAUGAAGCUUGGUUCUAUCAUUAUGAUCCCGAACUAAAAGAACAAUCAAAAGUUUAG